CAGCCGCGAAGCGUAGCUGACCAUUGACGUAAAGCUUGAAGCUUUGCCGACCAUUUCUGCUACUGUCUCGGAAACUACAAAAUCCUUCGCUCAUCCUCAAACUGGGAAGGUGCUUUUUUUGGGGUCUUCCGCCGAACGCAAGAGCUGCAACAAGAAUUGGGUUUGACAGUUCUUCCUUCUCAGGUGUUCGCAGUUUAGAAUGGUUGGUACAAGAGAAGCCCGAUUGAGUAUUGGGAAGCAAAACUUCGGUCUCGCAAGGGGCAUUGCGACAGUGGUGAUUGGAGUCCUUGUGGCUAUUGCGUUUUCAGUCUUGAUGCCUAGGAAAACAGAGAGUAGUAGCUGGACAUUGGGGGAUUCGGGGGUUUGCCGCUUCCCGGCGAUUUACAACUUUGGCGAUUCGAAUUCCGACACCGGCGGUCGGUCGGCCGUGUUUUACCGGCUCCCUUCACCUUACGGGAGCAGCUUCUUCGGGAAACCAGCGGGCCGGUUCUCGGAUGGCCAAGUCGUUAUUGAUGUCAUAGCCGAGAAACUUGGUUUGCCAUUUGUAUCUGCGUAUUUGGACUCUGUAGGUUCUGAUUAUCGCCACGGAGUGAAUUUUGCCACUGGAGGCUCUACCAUCCAGCCAAUCGACGGCAGAGCAUUUGAUGCGAGAUUCAGCCCUAUCUCUCUCGAUGUGCAGCUUCUGCAGUUCCAACAGUUCAAGGCGCGGACCAACGAGCUAUUCAGUAACGGUGUCAAAAGCCCUCUUCCACUACCGGCUGACUUCUCCAAGGCUCUAUACACUCUCGACAUCGGUCAAAACGAUCUCCACGCUGGCUUUAAAUUUACGACAGAAGAACAAGUGCAAGCCUCUAUUCCCAACAUCACACAUCAGUUUGCUUCAGUGGUCGAGAAGCUAUACCAAGAAGGGGCAAGAGCUUUCUGGAUACACAACACUGGUCCCCUCGGCUGCAUACCCAUGACCGCCAGGCACAUUUCCGCCAUGCAGCCCGAUAAGGUGGACGGAACCGGCUGCGUGAAGUCGCACAAUGAAAUAGCUCAAGAAUUUAACAGGCAGCUCAAGGAGAGAGUCUCUGAUCUGAGGGCGAAACUCACCAAUGCUGUUCUCACUUAUGUCGACAUGUAUUCUGCGAAGUUCAUGCUGAUAAGUGAAGCAAAGCAGCAUGGUUUCACCGAUCCCCUCAGCUAUUGUUGCGGCCGCGACGGAGAUUACUUCUUACCAUGCGGGAUGAAAAUAGCAGUGGAUGGAGUUGAAGUUUCUGGGGAUUCUUGCAGCGAUCCUUCCAGACACGUGAGCUGGGACGGUAUUCACUACUCUCACGCCGCGAACCUUUGGAUUGCGAACAAAAUCCUGGACGGCUCCUUCUCCGAUCCCCCCGUGGCCAUAACAGAAUCAUGUCACAAGGCCCUCUAGCAAUGUGCAUGUACAGUUACAACAAGUGGUUCAUUCACAUGCUUCAAAGAGCGAAUGUGAACUCCAUUUUUGUCUAGGAAGAGGCUGAAUUCCAAGCUCUCUCGAUGUCAUCGAUGUACAUGGUCUUUGGCCGAA